AUGGGACCUCAGGUGCACGGGGCCACAAGGCGGCGGCGUACAUGCCCGGAGAAGCACUGCUGGGCUAAGUCUCGGCCACCAACACGAUGCGGCAGCAUGCGGUCGGGGUUGUGGGUAGUAGGUGCUGUCCUCAUCGCUGGGUGUGCCUCAUCGGAAGGCUGCUACAUCCAUGGGGCGGAUAUUGGGUACUGCGAGACAUCGCUUUACGAUGACAGCGAAUUCAGGCUCGCAGCGACGCCGUUCUGCUCUUCGUACAUCAAGUACUCGACAUGCGUGCCAAAAUACGAUCCACUACCCGCUUCCAGAGAGUUCCCGGACGGGCGGUGGGUCAACAAUACCUUGGGAAUAAAGGACGCCUGGAUAGAGCAGUACUACAACUCUAUCGUCAACAACCGGUUGGAGGUGGAGGCAGACAAGGACCUUCAAAAGCAAGGUAUCGACGAGUACGGUAACCCAGGUUCUCCGGUCCCACGAUUCACGGACAACAGGGACUGCCAAUCGGCCUUCAAGGCCUACAUGUGCUACAUUAAUUUCCCGAGGUGCGAUGACGACGAAAACAGCCUUGUGACUUGCCGAAGCGCGUGCGAGAAUCUGAUGGUAGCCUGUCAGAACCAGAGGGAUAUGUGGCGGUGCGGGGAAAGCCAGUACUUCAACGGCUACGAAGCGGAAGAGCCGGAGACCGAUUCCGACGGCAACCCCGUCUACCUGAGAGAUUUCUUCCCAGGGCAGCCAUUUCGAGACGUGGAGUGGGCCGGCGGUCGGCAACCCGAGAUCGUUUGCACCCCGAGCAUCAAGGGGGCCGCCGCCCCGUCGCUGCAACCGUGGGGGCGCCGCCGCCGCCGCUACAACGACGAUAAGACGGCGGCGAGAACGGGGUUCGGGGUAGUCCCCGUUGUUGCGGCCGUUACGGGUUUGCUGCUGGCGUUGUGUUGGGAAAAUGUCGUUCUUUGA